AUGGCAGAUCUCAAUGAAAUCGAAGAGUUUAACCUGCGGCGCACAGCUAUACAAAACAUCAUAACAUGGAGCUUUGAGAUGUGGAGACGAGAACGGCAAGCCCAGUGGGAAGGGGAGAUGACAGAUGCUGAGCUAGACUUGCGAGCCAAGUUAGAGGGAGACCUUCUUAAGGAAAGAGAAGCACUUGACAAAGAUCAGCAUACGGCGAAGGUGCGCCUGCGAGAAAAGCAGACAAGACUUGCAGAUGCCAUCUCUACUGCGCAGCAGGAAGCGUCCGUGACGGAAAAGCUAAUGGCUGCGGUCCAAGAGGCUCACGAGAAGGCUAAGGACGAAUAUGAUAAGGCAACUGAGGGAAUAAAAGCCUCGUUAGAGAGGCGAAGAUCGCUAAUUCUCCAAAAGCUUGCAGGCGCACAAGCACGAACGGCAGAAAUGGAGCAGAGAGCACAAUUCUUCAAAGCACAGUGGGUCUCUGAAGAGGAGAGACUUAAGAGAGAAAUUGCUACGCUAGAUGAACGUAGGAGAGAGAUCAUAAGUAAUAAUGGCGAGAAGACAAGGCGGGCUCUCGAGGACCUGCGCAUUAAGCUUCAAGAUGUGCAAGGAGAAAUCCGGGAGCUUGAACUAGCAAAGGUUGAAUUGGCUGAACAGUACCAGCGUGCUCUUAGGCUGGAGGCGCAGUUUGCAGCCCGAAAUAGAAUGUAG